GUCCCCACAGGAGUUCCAUCUUAUCUUUCCAUAAACCCUUCAAGAUCCCCCAUUGGAAGCUCCUCCCCUCGACUUCCCAAAAAGCCCACACGAAAACCCCUAAAAAGCUUCGAUCUUUCUCUGUAUUUCCCACAAAUCUUUCCAACGCACCAAUGGAAAAGCCAACCUUCAACAAAUCCGUCCCUCAAAACCCCAAAAUCCCCACAACAUCCGCAGCCCCAACCCCACAAAAACCCCAAAAGACAAAGCUGCCAACCGCACAAGAACUCAUAUCCCACUACGAGUCCCAGGGCCUGGACUCCCAGGAGGCCUCUCUGAAGGUCAUAGGUGACCUUCAGACCGCCCUCUAUAGGGUCAUAUCUUCCGGCAGGGGCAGAAAGGACAAGAUUUUGGCCGAGACUUCAAGGAAAAUUGACAGCGCCAACAAUAGCCUUGCAAUUCUGAACAUGAAGGUUGAUUCGAAGCCUGGAUUUGGUGAAGCUUUUGGAAUUGGGGUUGCUUCUGGGGUCACUUUGAAGGGCAUUGAGACUGUUCUUCCUCAUGUGAUUAGGGGUUUUGGGGAGAUUUGGAACACUGUUAGGAGUGCCACUAAGGAUAACGCUUGAAUAUUAAGGGUUUUUUUGGGUUGUUCUUUUGGAUUAAGGGUUUUUUUGGGUUGUUGAUCAAAUUUGUAGUGGUAAAAGUUGGAAGGGAAAUGCAUUUCAUUGGUGUAAUAUUAAAUAUAAUUCCUAUUGAGAAAGUUAAUUUGCCUUUUACAUUA